AUGGCGUCUCGACCUUCUCCCCCGUCGCGCCAGGCGACCGAUCACGCACCGACGACACCCAGUGCACUCCGCAAGAGUCACACGCCCUCGUCCUCGUCCUUGUUCAACGGUGUCGGUGGCGGCAGCGGCAACGACGGCAAUGUAUCGGCGACGCCUGAUCAACACUCAUCGACGUCCGAGGCCGGGCCGAGUGGGGGGCCAACCACGGAGACCACGUCCCUGCUCCACCACGAUCACGCCCAUCCGGGGCCCUGCGAUCACGGAACCUUCUCACCACGACCUUCUAGUCCUGUGGGCAGCAGUUUCAGGGGCUCUGAUGCCGGCUCGCUGUUGGGUUCCGACGCAUCGGUUACCAAGGGCAAUUGGAGGAAGACGCUGUCCAGCAAGAUGAAGACCAAGACCAUGACCAACUCCCGGUCCUUGGCCGAGAGGCACGGCUUCAAGGAUUCCAAGAUGAUGUACUUGUCGUACUAUGUACCAUCCUUGAUCUGGAUACGGCAGUACAACUGGUCGUGGCUCAAGGGCGACAUCACGGCAGCCAUUACUCUUGCCUCCAUGUACUUGCCCAUGGCUCUGUCAUACGCAGAUAGCUUGGCGCAUGUGCCGCCGAUCAAUGGCUUGUACGCCUUUGUGUUCAAUCCGUUCAUCUAUGGACUGAUGGGUAGCUGUCCUCAAAUGGUUGUAGGUCCCGAGGCUGCAGGGUCUCUCCUGGUGGGCUCGAUAGUCAAGAGUAGCAUUGAUUCUGGGAGCGGCGAUGACGAUAAUGCCGCCAUGCACGCCCGGAUCGCAGGUGUCGCUGUUGGCAUUGCCGGCGCUACUGUCUUCAUCAUGGGCUUGUUUCGCCUGGGCUUCUUGGAUAGUGUUCUUAGCCGACCGUUCCUGCGCGGCUUCAUCUCUGCUAUUGGUGUCGUGAUUUUCAUCGAUCAGUUGAUUCCUGUCCUUGGCCUUUCUAGUGUCGCUGCGAGAACACCCGGCGUCGGUCACGGCAGCUCUGUGCAAAAGUUGGAAUUCUUGUUCACGCAUUUCUCGGAUCUCCACAAGCUCUCGGCUAUUAUUGGAGUUGUCAGCUUUACCAUCAUUAUGGUUCUGAGAGAGGUCAAGAGACGACUCCAACCAAGAUAUCCCAGCGUGGCAUUCUUCCCGGAUCGACUUCUCGUUGUUGUUAUAUCAGCAUUGCUGGCAUGGAGGUUGCGCUGGGAAGAACGAGGUGUUGGCGUUCUUGGCGAUGUUCAAGGCGGCACCACCAAUGUUUUUGAGUUCCGCAAUCCGUUUCAAACAUCGCAUAUAGCGCAUAUCCGAGAGGCCAUGGGCACCUCGUUCCUGAUCGGUAUGCUUGGCUUUUUCGAGUCCUCGGUAGCAGCCAAGAGUCUUGGAACUGGAGAUGCUAUCGAGGGCAUGCAGCUCAGUCCCAAUCGGGAGCUUGUGGCCCUUGGCGUUGCGAAUCUUAUUGGCUCAUGCUUCAUGGCUAUUCCAGCAUUUGGCGGUUAUGGAAGAAGCAAGGUCAACAAGUCGACUGGAGGCAAGAGUCCAAUGAGUUCAAUCUUUUUGAGCAUCAUCACUGUCUUUUGCGUCUUGUUCAUGCUGCCGUGGUUUUACUAUAUUCCCAAACCCGUCCUCGCAGCACUCAUAUCAGUGGUGGCAUGGUCGCUGAUCGAGGAAGCCCCCCAUGAUGUGGCCUUCUUUCUACGUAUUCGAGGCUGGACAGAGCUUUCUCUCAUGGCUGUUAUUCUUCUCGUCACCGUUUUCUUCUCACUCAACCUGGGCAUUGCCAUUGGAAUUGGCUUGUCGCUUCUACAGGUCAUUCGGCAUGCUACUCGGCCAAGAAUCCAAAUUCUUGGACGUAUCCCAGGCACAGAACGUUUUGAGAAUGCAGAGGAGAAUUCUGAUCGCCUAGAGUUCAUUGAAGGAUGUCUGAUUGUCAAGAUACCUGAGCCUCUCACCUUUGCCAACACGGGUGAUCUGAAGAACAGACUGGCAAGAUUGGAACGAUACGGUACUUCUCUUGCUCAUCCUGCGCUGCCUCGAUUACGACCUCAAGGCAGUCACAGAAAUGUCAUUUUUGAUAUUCACGGUGUCACUUCCCUGGAUGGCUCUGGAACGCAAGUUCUGGAAGAGAUUGUACAAAGCUACCGCUCCCAGGGUGUGCGCGUGUUCUUCAGCCGUGCUCCUAGCAAGACUCACAAAGUCUGGAAACUACUGGAAAGAAGUGGUAUCGUUGAUCUAGUUGGCGGAGAGCGUCAUUUCGUGCAUGACGUCAAAGAUGCUUUGCGCCUGACGGAGAUUGAGGAUAUUGAGGAGACAGAGGCAAGUGCCGCGCCAAGCGAGACCUCAUAA